AUGCGUCUGCUGCAGCGAAAGCAAAAGUGCCGUCGAACUGUCGCUACCUCGAAUGAGAAAUCCACUCGAACGUGCAACAACCACCUGAAUAUGGAACAACAGCCGAUGCCAGAUACCCGACUCGCCGCCUUUGCAGAAAAUCGACCGAACCGUUCGACUGCUAUCGCACUAGCCAUACAAACCACCGGCAAUCCCAAACUCGCUCAAACGGCCGCCGCAGCGCAAGUAGCAUCGGAUUUCCAGUAA